UUUAAAUUCCUGUCCAGAACAGUAUUUUUUUAAUUAAUUAAUUUCAUUAAGUUCUAUAUUUAACAUUCGCAAUAUUUUCGGCCAAACUUCACCGGUUUGCAGGGAUUUCCGUCUUUUUUUCUUUCCCCCUAAAUAUAACAGCCGGGAAGAAUGCCAGUGAAGAAGAAAGAUACUGAGCGAGCGCUGUCACUUCUGGAGGAAUACUGCAGCAAGUUGAUAAAACCAGAGGAGAGGCCGCUCCGGCAGGCCAUCGAGAAGGUCAUCUGUAUGUUCAAAAGUAACCUGUUCCAAGCUUUAAUAGAUAUUCAGGAGUUUUAUGAAGUCAUGUUGCUCAGCUCCCACAUUGACUAUGAAGAGAAGAUCUCUGAACUGAACCAUGUCGCAGAAUUAUGGGAGAAAAACAAUUCUUUAUCUGCCGGAGCCGAGAGCAUACAGAAAGCAUCCGAGUUGGAGCCUCUCAAUGAAUCCAAUGGAUACACGACCAGCGAUGAUCCCAAUACUGAGAACCAAAUGGACGAGGCCACUACAGCCAAGAGAACGGGCCUGGGUGAGACUGCUACCUCUUCACUCCCUAUAUUACCUAGGGUGACUAGAAGGCUCAGAAGUAUAAUGCAGGAUGUAACUCAAUACAAGAAAUACCGUUACCAAGAUGAGGACACCCCUCCGCAUGACCACUCGCUGCCACGAUUAACCCAUGACAUGAAAGGUCCCGAGCUCGUCCAUGUGUCAGAGAAGAACUUGUCCCAAAUAGAAAAUGUUCACGGUUAUGUUAUGCAAUCGCAUAUAUCUCCUCUAAAGGCCAGCCCUGCACCAAUCAUUGUCAAUACGGAUACUCUGGAUACAAUCCCUUAUGUCAGCUACACCCCAUUUCAUGAAAACACGAUUAAUGGGUCAGAAAUUGAAUAUGAGUUUGAAGAAAUAACAUUGGAACGGGGAAAUUCAGGUCUUGGCUUUAGUAUCGCUGGAGGAAUAGAUAACCCCCAUGUAGGAGAUGACCCAGGAAUAUUUAUAACCAAGAUUAUACCAGGAGGAGCAGCGGCAGAAGAUGGCAGACUCAGGGUCAAUGACUGUAUUCUCCGAGUAAAUGAAGUGGAUGUCUCCGAAGUGUCGCACAGCAGAGCGGUAGAAGCCUUGAAAGAAGCCGGUUCCAUUGUCCGCCUGUAUGUACGCAGGAGAAGACCCAUCCUAGAAACUGUUGUAGAAAUUAAACUUUUUAAAGGGCCAAAAGGUUUGGGUUUCAGUAUUGCUGGCGGAGUCGGAAACCAACACAUUCCCGGAGACAACAGCAUCUACGUAACCAAAAUUAUUGAGGGAGGAGCAGCACAAAAAGAUGGACGACUACAAGUGGGAGACAGGUUACUAAUGGUAAAUAAUUACUGUCUAGAAGAAGUAACCCACGAGGAAGCUGUAGCUAUUUUGAAGAACACAUCUGAUGUAGUUUACCUGAAAGUGGGAAAACCCACAACAAUAUAUAUGACAGAUCCAUAUGGCCCUCCCGAUAUCACUCACUCCUAUUCACCACCUCUGGAGAGCCACAUCCUCAACACUGCAAACAAUGGCACCUUGGAAUACAAGAGCUCAUUGCCACCAAUCUCACCGGGAAGAUACUCUCCAAUCCCUAAGCACAUGCUUGUGGAGGAUGACUACACCAGGUCUCCAGAGCCGGUAUACAGCACCGUCAAUAAAUUCAGUGACAAACCUUCCUCUCCGAGACCUUAUUCCCCGGUGGAAUGUGACAAAAGCUUCCUUCUCACAUCUCCAUAUCCUCAUUUCCAACAAGGUCUGCUUCCAGAGUCCGAAAUUUCCAGGGAACCUCGAAAAGUCAUCCUGCACAAAGGCUCCACCGGCCUGGGCUUUAAUAUUGUCGGCGGAGAAGACGGAGAAGGAAUUUUCAUCUCUUUCAUCCUGGCGGGAGGACCUGCAGACCUGAGCGGGGAGCUGCAGAGGGGAGACCAGAUUAUAUCAGUGAAUGGCAUUGAUCUUCGCGGUGCCACCCAUGAACAAGCUGCCGCUGCCUUAAAGGGUGCGGGUCAGACGGUCACAAUUGUAGCACAAUACCAGCCUGAAGAGUACGCUCGAUUUGAAGCAAAAAUCCAUGACCUACGUGAGCAGAUGAUGAAUCACAGCAUGAGUUCUGGGUCCGGCUCUCUGAAAACAAACCAAAAGCGUUCCCUCUAUGUGAGAGCCAUGUUCGACUACGAUAAAAGCAAGGACAGCGGUCUCCCGAGCCAGGGCCUCGGCUUUAGAUAUGGAGACAUCCUACACGUCAUCAAUGCCUCCGACGAUGAGUGGUGGCAGGCCAGAAGAGUCACACAGGAUGGAGACAGCGAAGAGAUGGGCGUGAUCCCCAGCAAGCGGAGGGUGGAAAGAAAAGAGCGGGCGAGGUUGAAAACUGUGAAGUUUAAUGCAAAGCCCGGAUUGAUCGAUGCCAAAGGGUCAUUCAAUGACAGGCGUAAAAAGAACUUCAUCUUUUCACGAAAGUUCCCAUUCUACAAGAACAAGGAGCAGAGUGAAGAAGAAACAAGUGAUCCUGACCGAGGACAAGAGGACUAUAUCCUGUCUUAUGAGCCAGUUACCAGGCAAGAGAUCAACUACACCAGGCCGGUCAUUAUUCUUGGUCCCAUGAAAGACCGGGUUAAUGACGACUUGAUAUCUGAGUUCCCUGAUAAGUUUGGCUCAUGUGUUCCUCAUACAACAAGACCAAAGAGAGACUAUGAGGUGGACGGAAGAGAUUACCACUUCGUCGUAUCUCGGGAGCAGAUGGAAAAGGAUAUUCAAGAGCACAAAUUCAUAGAGGCCGGGCAAUACAAUGACAAUUUAUAUGGAACUAGUGUACAAUCUGUCAAGUUUGUGGCAGAAAGAGGAAAGCACUGUAUUCUAGACGUAUCGGGAAAUGCUAUCAAGCGACUACAAGUAGCACAACUUCAUCCUAUAGCGAUUUUCAUAAAACCCAAAUCUGCGGAGUCUUUAAUGGAAAUCAGUAAGCGUCUGACGGAAGAACAAGCCAGGAAAACCUAUGAUCGAGCACUGAAAUUAGAACAGGAAUUUGGAGAGUUUUUUACAGCAAUUGUUCAAGGUGACACUUUGGAUGAUAUAUAUAACUCGUGCAAAUUGGUAAUUGAGGAUCAAUCUGGACCCUUCAUCUGGAUUCCUUCAAAGGAGAAGGUAUAACUUAGCAACUGGUAUUAAAUCCACACAAGAACUUAGAAGAAUUCCCUUCUUCUGACAAUAUAUAUAUUUUUUUCUUAAGUUUUGAUGUAAAUAAUCUUCUUGAGGUCUGUGAAUAUUUGAUGAAUGUAGAUCAAAAAAGGCUUUGGACAGAAUUCUGGAUCUUCGAAAAACAACCAAUGACUGUUACGUUGUUGUUGGGACCACCGGUGCAUGGACAGGAAGUAGAUGCUUAUUCCUUGAUCACUUAUGGAAUUACUUAUACAAAAAGAAGCCUGAUGCCCAAGAUCAUUCACAUCUGCACCUCCAGACCUCCAUCAUACGCUCCUGGCAUGGACAAUACAUUCCACUCGCUAGGCUUGAUGUGUCGAUCAUUCUAGUAGAAAUUUUUUAAUUCAGCAUCUUAAGCUUCUUCUCACUCAUAAAUAUAAUUUCUAGACAAAAAAAAUAAUAAUUGGGACAAAAAUUUUGAGAAAAAAAAAAAAUGAAUGGCUGAAGAUUCGGAUCAUCAAAUGCACCCUAAAAUGUAAUAAAAGCAGGAUAGCAUGUUUUAUAUAACAUAUAUCACAAAUAUUUGUUGUCAUCGUUGUGUUCAGUGUUGGACUUUGUUUACUGCAAUUUUUGAUUCUCUUAAGUGUUCCUGUCUUUUCUACCCUUCUUAAAAAUAACCCCUGUUCUAUGGUGGUCAAAGGAAUAUUUCAACAAUUUAAAAAAAAAAAAAAGUUUUUUUCUAUUAUUUUUAUUUUAGAAUUUUUUUUUCUUUUUAGAUUUUUUUUUCCAUUUUUUGAAUUUUGACCUUUUUCUGGAGGACUCUUUCACAUAUAUUAGUGAUAUGAAAAUUUGAAUGCUGUAUACAAUAGUAGUUAAGGUGGGCAAAAUUUUAAGAUACAUUUUUUUGAUAUAUAAACAGUAUAAAAGCUGAAUAAAUAUUAAGUUACAAUUGCCCAUUGAAAAUUUUCAUAAUCAAAUACAUAUUUACUACUAUAGGUUUUUUAGUCAAGGGAUACAAAUAAGGAUAAUGCUAGAGGGGGUGCGGAUGGGUCACAAAUGCAUCUCUGUCACAUAAGAAGAUAAGGUGGGGGGGGGUCCUAAUUUUGCAUUAAGGCUCAGGAGCUUAAAGUCACCCCUUUUUACAGUGGCUGAAAAAGUAGAUGAGUUGAGUGUGGGACAUGUUUUCUUUUAUGAUUUUUUUUUAUCUUUACUUAAAAAAAAAAAAAAUAGAAAUUGUUAAGGCAAAUUUAUGGGAAAAAAAUCCAUUAUCUACCCUAGGCUUAGCAUUUUCCUAAUUGUGUAGCGCCAUCAUUGCAAUAACAUAAUUAAAAGAGAUUUAUUUUUUUGGCUCAUAAAUAUUAAAGUGGUUAAAUAGAAUUAUAAAAGAAAAAAUAAUAAAAAUGACAUGAUUCCUUUCAUCCAAAACAGCGCCACGUUACUUUACUGGUCAUGUGAUGUAUUGCAGCUCGCACGGUUCACUUUGAAGUAGCUGAUCUGCAGUACUAGACACAACCCAUGAACAGGCGUGGCGCUGUUGUUCAAAGAAAACAGCUAUGUUUUUUAGGAUCAGACUAUAUAAUGUUUGUAACUACAGAGACACGUAAGUAAACGCUUCACUAAACGCUGGAAAAUUUUUAAUCAAGAAUGUUUGGAAAGUUGCUUCAUACUUCAUACGGGGUACUCUACUGGCCAUCGUUCGGAAAAUUUAGUUCAGAACGCUGUGUGAGCGCUGCGGGGGUUGACCACACCCCUAGUGAUGUCACACCACGCCCCCACAAUGUAAGUCUAUGGGAGCGGUGUGGCGGUCGUCACGCUCCCUCACGUAGACUUGAAUUGUAUGGGCGUGGCGGGCACAGUGCUCUCUGCUGACACCUCUGUCUGUGUCAAAAAAUGUCCAGAGUAGGAGCAAAUCCCCAUUGCAAAACUCGCCUGCUCCGGACAGUUCCUGACAUGGACAGAGGUGGCAGCAAAGAGCACUGUGGUCAGACUGGAAAGAACUACACAACUUCCUCUGGAGCAUACAGCAGCUGAUAAGUACUGGAAGGGUUAAGAUUUUUUAAUAGAAGUCAUUUACAAAUCUAUUUAACUUUCUGGCACCAGUUCAUUUGAAAAAAACAUUUUUUCCACCGGAGUACCCCUUUAACAUAAAACUCUGACCAAGCGAUAUAUAUAUUUAAUUUUAUUUAGUAUUUAUUUAGUUAUUUAUUUACUCAUUUAUCUAUUUAUUAUUUCAUCAAUUUUAAUAUAUGCAUUCUUUAUUGCAGUGUUUCCCAACCAGGGUGCCUCCAGGUGUUGCAAAACUACGACUCCUGCAAUUUCUGGACAGCCAAAGGCUGUCCAGGCAUGCUGGGAGUUGUAGUUUUGCAACAUCUGGAGGCCUCCUGGAUGGGAAACACUGAUUUAUUGAAUUAUUUAUUUAUUUAUUUAAUACUUCAGCAAUUUUAAUAUAUGCAUUAUUUAUUGUAUUAUUUUUACCCUUGGGUCUUUUGAAAUAUUUUCUCAUCUCUAAAAUAUUUUUAACCCCCACCCUAACAUAUUUUAGAUUCUCCUAACCCGCACCUAAAAUUUAACCCAUGUGAAUACCCAUGCAAUACCACCUUUCACCACUAGUAGUGCCAAAUCCAGUGUAACGAUGAAAUAAAAAAAAAAGAACAAAUAAAAAUAAAUACAUUCUUAAAAUUCUGCAACUAAGAAAUAAAGCUUUUAAAGAAAAUAAGGGUUUUAUCAUUUUAAAAUUCUCAUCUAUUUUAACGUCUAUUUUUGAACUAUGAUUCCUACUUUUUGAUGGAAAAUUUAAAUUUCUCAAAACUUCCUCUAGAAUUCACAUAAAUUAUGUAGGGAUUUUUUUAUUUUACUAAAAUAAAACCUUUUUUUUUUUCAUGAAAUGGGUUUGAAAUUGACAGUUAUUUUUACUUACAGGCCAUACCACAUUUCACCACUAGUAGUGCCAAAUCCAGUGUAAUGAUGAAAUAAAAAAAAUAUAUAAAUGUUAAUUUUUUAAGUUCUGCAACUAAGAAAUAAAGCUUCUAAAGCAAAUAGCAGUCUAAUCAUUCAAAAAUUCUUAUCAAUUUUAAUGUUUCUUUUUGAACUGUAAGCGGAUUGUUAAAAAUUGGUUAUAAUGUAUUUAUAUCAAGGGUAUGAUGUAAAAAAUCUAAUUCCAAUGGUGUAAAAUAAACAAAUACAAGAUGUUAUAAAUUAGAUUUAAAAGAACAAGAAUUACGUUCAAAAUUGAAAUUUUUUAAUACAUUUUUUGUUUUGUUUUUUUAUAUUUAUAUAUUUUUGCUCAGAAUAAUUUUACAUUCAACAAUAGUCGGACACAAUUUCUUCUGUUUUAAUUUCCCCUCAGUUACGGUAGUGUAGACCAUUACAUUGUUUUUUAUUAUGUCAUUGUAUGGCUUUUCUUAUGUUUCUGUCUUUUGCUGUUUUGUUUUGUCCCUGUUUCGACUGACUGCACCUUUUUUCUUGUAUAUAUGUAGAUAAUACAUAAAUAUAUACAUAUAGAAAUGUGAAAGGAAACAAGCGUUGUCUUUACCCUCUCUCUUUAUGUUCCCCCUAGUUGUUAAUCCUUCUCUAUUUGUUUCAUAUUUGUUUAUUGCUUCAUUAAAAUCCGGUAUCCGCAGCA